AUGGGAAGCGGCGCAUCAGCAUCCCAGCUUGGGGAGGUCAGGGGCAUCUUCACCACCGCGAAGGCAGAUACCAAAAAGAAGUUUUCCGCUGCCUGCGAGGUGGAUGGCAAGAUAUUCAUGGCUCCGUACAAUGCCAAACACAUGUGCGUUUAUGAUACAGCCAGCGCAGAUGUGUUGAGCAUUGACGUUUCAGAGGUGCUUGGAGAGAGUGGAGCAUCUGGGAAGUUCAACUUCAUCUGCGAAGCAGACAGGAAGAUUUAUCUUGCCCCGUGGAGCGGUGCUCAGCGCAUGCUGGAACAUGAUGUGGCCACUGGCCAAAGUACUUCCGUGGAUGUUUCAGAGGCAGCGGAUCCGCAGGAGCCCAAAAAGUUUAGCUCCGUCUGUUCUGCUGGAGGGAAGAUUUAUCUUGCUCCCUUCAAUGCCAGGAAGAUGCUGGAAUACGAUCCGCACAGCCACAUAUGUACUGGCAUUGACGUAUCAGACGCUGUUGGAUCUGCUGAGACGUGCAAGUUCUAUUCCAUGUGUGCAGUCGAUGCUACGGUGUAUCUUGCUCCACACGACGCCGAAAAGAUGUUCGUUUAUGAUGUGCGCACUGGCACUGGCAAGGCCGUUGAUGUCUCCUCCGCGGUAGACUCCGGCCAGCCUGGCAAGUUUCGUGAAAUCGGCGCGGCUGGCGGCAAGGUUUACCUCGUACCUCGGAAUGCGCCACAGAUGUUCGUCUAUGACCCCAUCACGGAGUCCGGGACCAGUGUUGAUGUCUCCGUUGCGGCGGGUUCUGUCCAACAAGGAAAAUUUCGUUCAUUCUGUGCGGUCGACGGGAAGAUCUAUCUUGCUCCAGGCUGUGCUCCACAGAUGUUUGUAUACGACGCGGCAACGUGCAAGGGGACGGCUGUUGACAUCUCCGAUGCUGCGACUCCUUCUGCGACUGCAAAGUUUCGGGCGAUGUGCGCAAGUGGUGGCAAGGUAUACCUGGCCCCAUACAACGCAGGAAAGAUGUUUUUCUAUGAUCCUGUCACAGGCAUGGGAGCCGGCAUCAACAUCUCUGGCAUCAUCGAUCCUGAUCAGAAUGAGAAGUUUGAAUCUAUUUGCGCCUGUGAUGGGAAGAUUUAUCUCGUUCCUGCAGCUGCGGAGAAACUGGCUAUUUGCAAAGAUUUCAUCGCCGACCACCGGUUUGCCCCUGAGGGUGCAAGGUUUAUUUUGGACCAAUAUAAGAUCCAGUUGGAGCAGUUUCAACAGACAUGGACACCUCGACUGGAAGCAGCACGAGAAGUCUUGAAAGAGGAGUCCGAGAGAGCGGGGAUCUCCGCUGCGUACCUCCUGGACCCCUUCCUUCCCUACAUCACCGCGAUGGCCCCCAAAGGUCUGGGCUUUGGGGAUGCUGGGCCCUCCAAGAGUUUUGCGGAGAUUUCCGUGGUAAUGUUCGACAGAGAGACUGGAAUUGGUGCCAAGAUGCCGUGUCCCAGAGACCAGGCUCAAGGUUGCGCCUGCGUAGAUGCUGUGGAUCAGACGUACCGGGGCCGGGCCACUCACUUCGUGUCGUGGUGCUGGCAGUACACCCCGCGCCAUGUAAUUGGAGCCCUUUCAAAUUGGUGUCGACGGUCAGACGCAAAAUCUGAGAACGUUUUUUUGUGGAUGUGCUUCUUCUGCAACAACCAGUACAGACUGUCUACAACUGCGAGCACUGCGGAGCUUAAGAGGGUUUUUGAGUGCAACCUAUCUUCCAUUGGGAAAAUGAUAAUCCUUUUAGAUGAUUAUUUGAAUCCGGUUUACAUCCAUCGCCUUUGGUGUAUAUUUGAGACCUAUGUCUCAGUGGAGCAGAGCAUUGAGCCAGAUGUGGUGCUCCCGGAUAGCGCAGCGACGAAGCUGACUGAUGAGCUCCGCCGGGAGGAUAAUGUCUUGGUAAUGCUGAAGAGCAACUUCCAAAGCAUCAACGUUGCCAAUGCAAGUGCUACCGAGCCUCGUGACGAAGAGGCGAUCAAGACUCUGAUCAGGGAAAGCUUGGGAGGUUUCGAGAAGGUGAAUACCACUGUCAAGAAACGUUUGCUGCCACACCUGACGCAAGUUGUCAAAGGCUUCUUGGAUUCGUAUUUACUGGGUGAUGACUAG